UGGAAAUGAAACUAACAGCCUCCUACACCCAGGCAGCAGAAGAGAUAGAAGCUAACAGGUUUUGCUAGCCAGCUCUGCAACCUCUGGCUCUCCUGUCCCAGCGCCACAAUGGAGCUCAGUAAUACCCCGGCCAGGGAUCUAGACAAGUUCAUCGAGGACCGUCUCCAGCCAGACGAGGAUUUCCGCACGCAGGUCCGUGAAGCCAUCAACAUCAUCUGCAGUUUCCUGAAGGAGAGGUGUUUCCUACACACCAGCCACCGGGUUCGGGUGUCCAAAGUUGUGAAGGGCGGCUCCUCAGGCAAAGGCACGACCCUCAGGGGCCGAUCAGAUGCUGACCUCGUCGUCUUCCUCACCAAUCUCACAAGUUUUCAGGAACAGCUUCAGCGCCGAGGAGAAUUCAUUGAGGAAAUUAGGAAACAGCUGGAAGCCUGUCAAAGAGAGAAAACAUUUGAAGUGGAGUUUCAGGUCCAGAAACAGCCGUUGGAUAAUCCUCGAGCUCUCAGCUUCGUGCUGCGGUCCCCCCGGCUCCACGAGUGGGUGGAAUUCGAUGUGCUGCCUGCCUUUGAUGCCCUGGGUCACGUGACCAAAAGCUACAGACCUGACCCUGAAGUCUACAUCCGGCUUAUCCAAGAAUGCGAGGCCCUGGGGAAAGAGGGCGAGUUCUCCCCCUGCUUCACGGAGCUGCAGCGAGCCUUCCUGAGGGACCGUCCAACCAAGCUGAAGAGCCUGAUCCGCCUAGUGAAGCACUGGUACCAACUGUGUAAGAAGCAGCUUGGGAAGCCACUGCCCCCACAAUAUGCCCUGGAGCUUCUGACAGUCUAUGCUUGGGAGCAAGGAAGCAGGGAAACAGGAUUCAUCACAGCUCAGGGAUUUCAGACUGUCUUGGAAUUGGUCCUGCAGCAUAAGAAGCUUUGCAUCUACUGGGAAAAGUAUUAUAACUUUGAAAACCCUUUUAUUGGACAAUAUCUGAGACGGCAACUUGCAAAACCCAGGCCUGUGAUUCUGGACCCGGCUGACCCUACAGGAAACAUUGCUGGUGAAGACUCGAAUAGCUGGCAGCGGCUGGCACAAGAGGCUAGAGCCUGGCUGAGUUACCGGUGCUUUAAGAAAUGGGACGGGUCUCCGGUGGGCUCCUGGAGUGUGUCGCCCCAAGAACACGGCGACGUGACGUACAAAGCCUGGGAUUCUAGACAGUGCUAUGGAUCCUCCCCCAGACUCACACUCCACUCUUCCCCUCCCCAGGUGGAAGAGAACUGGACGUGCGCCAUCCUCUGAAUGCCAAAGUAUCUUGAAGGCAAGGUCUCUGGAGCCAUCUGGACCAGCCCCCCUCAUUUCUAGGUGUGGUGGUGGGGGUCCUUGAUCCAGAGAGGGCCGUGAGUUGGUGUCAGAGCUGGGACCAGAAUCCUUCCCGCUAUUCUGUGCUCUCUUCGUCAUAGACAGCAUUUCCCCACAGCUCCCUCCCCACCAGAGCCUGUCCUCUGACAAUAUUCUCUGAGAGACAACAGCAGAGACUCAGACAAAAGAGAGGAAUCCCAGCCUUCACAUUCUUCUGUGUACCUGGUGGGAGGGGUGUGGUCCAAUUUAUUGUCAAUAACAAAAACAAAAAUAGUAGCAAAUCCCAUUUGUUGGGUGUUAAUUAACCACAAGGCACAGAGCCAAGACGUAUAUCUGCGUAUUAUGUGUGUGUGUGUAUGUGUAUUCAUUUAUUCAAUUAAAAAUGUUAAUUGAACACCUGCUAUGUGCCAAGCAUUGUUCUGAGCUCUGGAACACAGCAAUGAGCAAAGCAGACAAAACUACCAGCCUUGCGGAGAUGACAUUUUUGUGGAGUACUCUACUAUUGGAUAGACUAGGAUCCUUCCAACUUUCAUUUACAGGUAAUCCUGAGACAACCAUUUUUGGUUCAUCCUUUGUCCACGUCUCUGGUUAUUUAUCCAGGAAAAGUUUUAGAGCUUCCCUGUGUAAUACAGUAGUCACUAGUCACAUAUGGCUAUUGAGCACUUGAAAUGUAGCUGGACCCAAUUGAGAUAUGCAUAUCUUUAUGCUUUUCUGAAUUUUCAGAUUUUAUUAAUUUUUGGCUGUAAAUUUGUACUGCUUAUAG